AUGUCUGAAGGGCGGCCAUGUAACCAUGCCAACAGUCCCAAAGAACGUCCAUGUAACCAUGCCAACAGUCCCAAAGAACGUCCAUGUAACAAGGCCAACAGUCCUAAAGAACGUCCUUGUAACCAGGCCAACAGUCCUAAAGAACGUCCAUGUAACCAGGCCAACAGGCCCAAAGAACGUCCAUGUAACCAGGCCAACAGUCCCAAAGAACGUCCAUGUAACCAGGCCAACAGUCCCAAAGAACGUCCAUGUAACCAGGCCAACAGGCCCAAAGAACGUCCAUGUAACCAGGCCAACAGUUCCAAAGAACGUCCAUGUAACCAGGCCAACAGGCCCAAAGAACGUCCAUGUAACCAGGCCAACAGUCCCAAAGAACGUCCAUGUAACCAGGCCAACAGUUCCAAAGAACGUCCAUGUAACCAGGCCAACAGUUCCAAAGAGCGUCCAUGUAACCAGGCCAACAGUUCCAAAGAACGUCCAUGUAACCAGGCCAACAGUUCCAAAGAACGUCCAUGUAACCAGGCCAACAGUUCCAAAGAGCGUCCAUGUAACCAGGCCAACAGUCCCAAAGAACGUCCAUGUAACCAGGCCAACAGUCCCAAAGAACGUCCAUGUAACCAGGCCAACAGUCCCAAAGAACGUCCUUGUAACCAGGCCAACAGGCCCAAAGAACGUCCUUGUAACCAGGCCAACAGUCCCAAAGAGCGUCCAUGUAACCAGGCCAACAGUCCCAAAGAACGUCCUUGUAACCAGGCCAACAGUCCCAAAGAACGUCCAUGUAACCAGGCCAACAGUCCCAAAGAACGUCCAUGUAACCAGGCCAACAGUCCCAAAGAACGUCCUUGUAACCAGGCCAACAGUCCCAAAGAACGUCCUUGUAACCAGGCCAACAGGCCCAAUGGCAAGAGUGCGUUAGAUCAGGAUUUCCCAAACUCGGUCCUGAGCCCCCCAUUGGUGCACACAGCCGAUUCAAAUAAUUAA